GCCUUUCCCCGCCGCCGCUGCCGGGGCCACCAUGUCUGAAGCGGCGGAGGAGCAGCAGCUGAUGGAAACGGCCGCUACUGAGAACGGCCAUGAAGCCGCCCCUGAUGGGGAACCUCCAAGCGAGGCCUCGAGCGGGACCGGGACUGGAACCGGAACCGGGAGCGGGAGCGGGAGCGGGUCCGGAGCGGCGGCUCCGGUAGCGGCGCCUCCUGCGGCCCCAGCCGGGAGCCAGAAUGGGGCCGAGGGAGACCAGAUCAACGCCAGCAAGAACGAGGAGGAUGCAGGGAAAAUGUUUGUAGGUGGCCUCAGUUGGGACACAAGCAAAAAGGACUUGAAAGACUAUUUCACCAAGUUUGGUGAAGUGGUUGAUUGCACGAUAAAGAUGGAUCCUAACACAGGAAGAUCAAGAGGUUUUGGUUUUAUCCUCUUCAAAGAAUCUGCAAGUGUUGAUAAGGUUUUGGAUCAGAAAGAACACAGAUUAGAUGGACGGGUAAUUGAUCCCAAAAAGGCUAUGGCCAUGAAGAAAGAUCCUGUGAAGAAGAUCUUUGUUGGAGGACUUAAUCCAGAAGCUACAGAAGAUAAAAUUCGGGAAUACUUUGGAGACUUUGGAGAGAUUGAAUCUAUUGAACUUCCAAUGGAUCCAAAGACAAACAAAAGAAGAGGAUUUGUAUUCAUCACCUUUAAAGAAGAAGACCCUGUUAAGAAGAUUUUAGAAAAGAAAUUUCAUAAUGUUGGCGGAAGUAAAUGUGAGAUCAAGGUGGCCCAGCCUAAAGAAGUGUACCAGCAGCAGCAAUACAGCUCUGGGGGCAGCCGAGGAGGCCGGAGCCGAGGGAAUCGAGGAUCAGGAGGUGGCGGAGGAGGCAGUGGGAGUGGUGGCAGCGGAGGCAGUGGAGGGGGAGGUCAGGGCAGUACAAAUUAUGGAAAGACUCCAAGGCGUGGUGGUGGUCAUCAGAAUAACUAUAAGCCAUAUUGAGGCAGUCCUGUGCGGUAUGCAGCGGCAUGCUCAGUGUUCAGAGGGACUGCACACGUUUUAUACGGAAAUGCUCUAGGUGGACAUUAAAAUUAUGUACCAAAUUUAACUUUGCAAACUUUCUAUGGCCUGUUCAAUGUGCAUCUUAUUUAAAAUUCCCCCUUGGAAAAUGUCUUUCAUGUUGAAUAUUUACAGAUCUCUAGUUGUCUUAGACAGUGUGUGGUGUGUAAAUGCCAGUCUUAAGCAAGAUAUUAAUGAAUGAAUUUAUUAAUAGGUUAAACAGCAAUGAUUUUGAGGGUCUGCUUAAAGCCCAGCUCAGCCUCUUGGCUUGAGCAUGGCCUGCAAUGCUCUGGUUGUACAGAUGAAAAAUGCCUCCUUUUUUUCACCUUUUUAUUUUAUAUUGUUUGUGUCAUACAUUUCCGGCAAUGGAAGUGUUAAUUUUACUGUACUUUUUGGUACCUUUUGGGAAUCUAAUGUAUUGUAAGGUAUUUUACAUGUGUCCUGAUUACCAUGACAUGGAUAUUGAAGCUAUCCUAGCUUUUGAAAUAAAAAAUUAACAAAAAACACACCCCAAACCAGCUAGUGUGCCAUUUCUUAAUCUUCCAGUUAUUGAAAGAAUAUAGAUAGAUCUCCCUGACAUCUGACCACACCCCUGCCUGCUCAUCCUGGGGGCAUUUGGGAAGCUAUUUCAGGGACUAGGAUAGCCACUAUAGCCAACUGUCCUUAAGGCUUAAGGCUUAAAAGAGUUAGUGGUAGAAUAAAAGGUUAAAAGGCAUUUUAUAGUAGUUAUUGAAGCAAAUUUGGACAGGCAUUUUCAAGACAUUCCAUUGAAUUCCAUAGGCUUAUAGUAAGAUCCAGACCAGAGCACAGUUGAGUCAUUUACCUUAAGGCAGGCAAAUGCAUUGUUAUAUUUAGGAAUUAAUCUUCCCUCUCUCAUUUUUACUGACCUUAAUAUGGAACAUUUGCUAACCACUUUGAUGAUCCAGAGUCUGCCUUUAAUAACAGCAGUGGUUAAGUUAAAAAAAAAAAAAAACUGUA